AUGCUGAACUCGCAACUCGACGCUCCAACGACCCAAGCGGAGCUUCAAGAUGGUGCUAGCCAGGCGGAGGAUCCCAACGGCAGCGUUGGGGAGCAGCAGGUGAUCGGGAUGCUCGCGAUCGGCUCGGUCGAAACGCAGCAAGUGCUCGCGUUAUCGAGCAAUGGGGUGAACAAAACGUGGUAUGCGACUCGAAAUAUUCUCGAGGAAUCCCUUUCGGAAUCGAUUCAGGCGUUGAAUUCGGUGAUCUGCGAGGACGCCCACGACACGGCGGUGUGGCGGGAGCGGAUGAAUCUGUUGAAACAAAAAGAGUUUGAUCGUAAACGGAAGUAUGUCGUGAUCAUGGCGCAGCUGAACGAUCAAAAGAUGCGUCUUCGCUUUUUUGAGUCCUGGCGGCGUCUGGUGCUGAAGCAUUUCUUGCAACGGGAUCGCCAGGUCGCCGCGUCGGAUCUCUGCACGCUCUCGAAAUAUCGUCUGCUCCGCCGCAACUUCUCGAAAUGGGGCAAUUGGCAUGAUCGCCAACUUCGACGCCAGCGGCGAGCGCAUCUUGUGAAUGCGCUCAUGGCGGCGAACGAUCGGACCCAGGUGCUUUGCUUUUUCCAACGCUGGCAAAUCCUCGCGGUUCAGCGGCGACUUCGCCGGUUCUUACUGGAAUGUCUGGAGUUGAUCGCGCAGGCCUCGGCGCAGCGCCUGUUAAGUGUGUACUACUGCAAACUUCGCGCAUUUGGGCAGCUCCGGGGGGCGCGAAAAGGCGCCUCGCCGGGCGCGCUGCCGCCGCCGUUAUCCUCGGCGCAGCUCGAACGCCUCGCGGCGAAGGCGCAGCAGCAAACCCUCCACCGCGCCCUCCACAAAUGGAUUGGCUUCACGCAGCGGCAGCAGGAAAUGGCGACGCGACGCACCGCGUUGGAUCGCUACGCGGAGGUUUUCCUCCGCGCGGGGCGGGCGCGCGUCGGGCGGGUGGUUUUCCACGGCUGGCGGCGGUGGUGCCUUAGGCGGCGUCGCCUGCACCCUCUCCGCGCCCUCGCCGUGCUGCUGGAAUCGCGCCGCGGGCUCCACCUCCGCGAGGUGUUUUACCUCCGCUGGAUGGAGUGGCUCCACAGGAGUCGGCUUCGCCAGGGCGUGGAGGCCACAAAAGAGGUCGAGGCCCGUCUGGUCGAGCUCGAGCGGACGCAUGGCGGGGAUCUGUUCGAAAAACUCCGCCUGCAGGGCCGGAUUAACGAGCUGAUUGAUCGGCAAGCGCAGGUGGAGAUGAACCUCGCGCGGGAUCGCGAGCGGUUGGACGUGUUAAAAGCCACGAGCGAGCGGAUUUGCCGGCGGCUAGGGGAGUCCGAGGGCGAUCCCGCCUCCGUUGGCUCCCCGCCAAGCGAGGACUUCAACCACGGGAACGAAACCGCGCUGAUGCCGUUUUCCGGCGACGGCGGCGGCGGUCCGAUCGCGGCGAACGCGCGAUUUUAUCGCCGUUUGAUCGAUCAGCAACGGCUCUCGCCUGGGGUGCUCGCGCAGAUGCCCGCGGCGGACGCCAUCCACCACGUCUUCGCGCAGCUCAAAGGAGGGGUGUUGAACCUCUACACGGACCUCGCGCUUUUCCGGCAGGUGAAGGAUCGCCGACGAGGGGGGAUCGCCGCGGCCGCGAUUUUUCUCGAGGCCUUCGCGGAAGUCAAACGGGCGGUGUUGGCGGUGUUGAAAACCCCCACCACGGCGUCCGCGGCGUCGUCGGUGGCGUCCUUCGCGAAUGGCGGGCGGUGGGGGCUUCGGCUGGAGGCGUUAGAUCGGCUCCCCGCGCACCAUUGCGCGGGGGUGUUGAGCGCGAUCAAGACGAUGGUCGUCGCGUACGAUCUGCUCUCCCCCAGCGACGCGGAGCGGAUCUCUUCGACCUGCGAGGAGGUCGUCCAGAACGCGGAUUGGAUCUUCCUCUUCGCGCGUGCGUGUUAUCUGCGGCGAAAGCCGGCGUUACCCGUGAAUAACCGCGUGUAA